AUGGCCAUGCAAAUGUGUAACAGACGAGUCACUCAAGUGACAACAAGUUUUGUUCGACAACUUGCUAAACCAAUACCAAUGAAAGUGGAAGAUGAUCAUCAUGAUGAUGAACAUACACAUAUUUCUCUACCAAAAACACCAACACCAAAAACAUUUUUUUCAAUGAGUAAAUUUUUAUUACGUGGAAAUGCUUCAAUUUCAACUGGUCUUAAUACUCCUCUUAGUAUUCGCUAUGCGCAUACUGAUAUUCAAGUACCAAAUUUUGAUUAUUAUCGUCGUAAAGCACGUCUUGAUCCAUCAAAAUCGUAUCGAGAUGCUGGUGAUGCCACUUCACCUUACUCUUAUUUAGCUCCUAUUGGUAUGGCUAUAACAUCAGCUUAUAUGGCUAAAUAUAUUGUUCGAGAUAUAGUUACGUAUGUUGGUCCAGCUAAAGAUGUAAUGUCUCUAGCUAAAGUAGAAAUUAGUCUUACUGCAGUUCCUGAAGGCAAAAAUGUUGUAUUUGAAUGGCGUAAUAAACCCAUAUUUGUUCGUCAUCGUACACCAGCAGAAAUAGCAAGAGAACAAGGUGUUAGUGUUGAUCAAUUACGUCAUCCACAAAAUGAUUCUGAACGAGUACAAAAACCUGAAUGGCUUAUUGUUAUUGGUAUCUGUACUCAUCUUGGUUGUAUUCCAAUUGCAAAUGCUGGUGAUUUUGGUGGUUAUUAUUGUCCAUGUCAUGGCUCACAUUAUGAUGCCUCGGGACGAAUACGUAAAGGACCAGCACCACUCAACCUUGAAGUUCCCCAAUAUGUAUUCAAAGAUGAAGAUACUGUUAUCAUCGGUUAG